GUCAUGCUCAGCUGUUAAUCUCAUCUAUGAAAGAAAAGAAUGUUAUUUUGUUUCUUAUCUAUUAUGAUUUUUGAUUGAAGUGUCGAUUAAUUGGAUCCAAUUUGUGGUUGAUUCAGCUUUGUGGCCCUGGAGGAUACUUUCUUUUCAAGGAGGAUAUCCUUAUCAAAUCAACAUCUGGUUUCAACCAAUAUCUACUCAAUCAUCUCAGCUUUGAUUUAUACAUAUUAAUAAUAUUACUGUUUUUACAAUGGUUUUUUACAAGUUGUCCUAAAUAGGUACACAGGAGGACACCGUCGUACCAGUCAAAAAUCGGGAAGUUGCAAUUGUUUUGUAUGUUUAAUCUUUGGUACUAAUAGCUCGGAACACGUAGCAAUGGAUUGUAUUAUAAAUGUCGAAAAAGAGGUUGAUAACGUUAUUGGUAAAUUUUCCUCCGUUCAAGAUAAAACUGACCAAAUCCUUAUGGAUCUCAUAACAAAUCUACAAAAACUUCAACGAGAUCUGAUCUUUUUAAGCACAUCUAAUCAAUGUGAACUUUCUGGUAUUCAGACAGUAAUAAUUAACCAAAAUAUCGCUAAAAUUCGCGACACAAUUUCUCAAGUAGCAAUGAACCAUCGGGAAAUUCACGGGGCUGUAUCCAAAGUCGGCAAAGUUUUAGAUAAAAAUUUCAUCUCCAACUAUUCUCAUUUGACAUCAGACACAUUUAAACAGGAAGGUCUCAAUCCGUAUCUAUUAAAUCAAGCAAUCAUAGAACAUUUUCUAAGACAAGGGAUGUUGGAAAUAGGAGAGGAGCUGAUGAGAGAAGCUAAGAUAUCCGUUCCUGAAGAAAAGAAGAAUCCAUUUUCUGAGCUAAAUGACAUUUUAGCUGGUCUUAAAAAGCAUAAUGUUAAACCAGCAUUGGAAUGGAUCAAAGCUAAUAAGGAAAAGCUAGGUGAUCGUCAUACUCAACUGGAAUUCAAGUUACAUAGACUCCAAUUUAUUGAAUACUUGCGACAAGGUGUUCAUAAACAGAAGGAAAUGAUUGAGUAUGCUAGACAAAAUUUUCAAUCAUUCGCUGAUGACCAUGAGAAGGAAAUGCAGUCUCUCAUGGGUAGUCUAGUUUUUCUUAAAUCUGGUAUUGCCCAAUCGCCUUACAGCCAUUUACUCGAUCCAAUCAAUUGGAAUGAAAUCUGUGAUAUAUUUACCCGAGAUGCUUGUUCACUUCUAGGUAUGUCUGUAGAAAGCCCUUUGAGUGUGACUUUCAACGCUGGAACAAUCGCUUUACCGGCUUUAUUAAAUCUUCGCCAAGUAAUGCUUCAAAGCUCGGUUCCAAGUGUUUGGACGACAAAAGAUGAACUACCUAUUCCUAUUGAUUUAGGGAAAAAUUCUCAAUACCAUUCAAUUUUCGCUUGUCCUAUUUUACGUCAACAAAGCAAUGAUUCUAACCCACCGAUGAAAUUGAUUUGUGGUCAUGUCAUUUCUAAAGAUGCACUCAACAAAUUAACCAUUGGAAAUAAAUUGAAAUGUCCUUACUGUCCAGUAGAACAGAACCCAACAGACGCUCGACAAAUACAAUUUUAAAUUUGUUGAUUGAAGAUAGAAGAUAAUUCAACAAUUCAUCUUUUUAUUAUCCACCAAACAUUUUGUUCACUCCGUAGCUUAAUAAUUAGAUUUAAGCACCAUUUUUAUGUGAUAACAUAAUUUGUUGUUCGUUGCCUACAUCCAAUGCUUAUCUCUCCAUCAAUUCACAUCUUUAUAUACCAUCAUGAAUUGCAUUUCUCAUUUCGAGCUUAAAUACACCAAAACAUUGUUAUAAAAUCUCUGAUUUAACCAAGGUCGAUCAACGAAAUGUAAUCUAAUAACACAGCAUGGACUUUGAAUAGCUGAUAAUCCCAUCUUCAUGUCUAUCAUGUUUUUUUUUCUUUGGCUUCAUCAUUUGUUUCUCUCUCUCCUCGAAAUGUUUCACUAUCAAUUUAACCCGGUGUUUCACUUUCUAUCAUUUGAGACUUUAUUCUGUAUAAUUCACAUAUCAUUUCUUUGCAUUAUGUUGUAUAACCCUUGAAAUUGUUAGUUCUUGAGUUAAUCAAAAAAUGAAUAAGCAAUUUCACAAAUCUUCAUAAUUUUGAUCAAUUAGCAUUUAAAUUAUAACCAUUAUCGUCAAAAAAUUGUUGGCCAGGCAAUCAGCAAUAUACUGUUAUCACUUAAUCACUUUUGACUUUCAGUCCAAGUGAAAACUGUCAAUUCAAGUCAUAGAAUUGCUGUAAAAUAAAUUAUUGCAAUUGUUGUUUCAAA